GAAGACCCACCACUGAAAUUGGACCUACCGUUUUCUCCAUAAAAUUUGUUUCCUUCGUUUACUCCGGAAAAACAAAAAAUCCACACAGCUGACUUUGGAUUUUGCUUAUGGGUGAAGAGGUUAUGAUUGGUGAUAAUGGUACUUUAGACUCUCAUGAUCAUGUUAUGGAGAAUGAGAAUCCGAUUUUUGUUGAUUUUCUUGAGGAUGAAAUGAACAAUCGGUUAACAGUUUCAAGAUCCGUUAGUGAUUCAGUUACAAGGGAUAUGGGAAAUGAAGUUGAGACCGAAGCUGAUGAGAAAAUAGCUCAGACAGAACUCGAACAUUCGAGAUUGAAGGAGAUUUUGCUCUUGCAUCGUGUUGGUUCUGAAAAAAACGAAACUUCGCAGUCUUGUUUGAUUCUUGAUGAGUGUGAACAGAGAUUGUCGGAGCAAGAUGUGGAAUCUUGUUCUUGUGGUAAGAAAAGUUUGGUACUUGAGAAGACUAAAGAGAUUGCUGGUUUGCGCCGGGAACUUGAGUUAAUAUCUAAGUUGCUUUCGGGUCAUGCAAAUAAGGACGUUGAGGCUUUAGAGGACCAAAAGAGAAGUGAUCUAUUGCACCGCAAAAUCUCUGGAAGCCUUGGCAAGCAUAUAGGGUCUGUCACGUCGAAGCUUGAGAGUAUAGAGUAUUUAAGACAGUUAUCUCGUGAACAGUUGAUCAACCAUUUCAAGAGUGAGAUGAAUCAGUUGAGAAGAGAGCAUGAUUAUGCAAUGCAAGAGAUGACUGAAGAAUAUUUUAGCAUCAAGCGAAGGUACUUGAAGUUAGAGGAGUGCGGUUCAUUUUCUUCUUUGAAGAAGGACAAGGAGUUUGAUUUGCUGCGAAAGAAGAUCCCGGAUAUCAUUUCGAAGUUGGAUAAGGUUUUGUUGGAAGAUGAGAAUUCGGUAAUAUACAGAGAAACUUUGGUUGAGAAGGAAAGAUUGAAAGAAGAGAAUCAUUUGCUGGAGUGUCUUGUUAAGGAGAAGGAGAACUUGGUUCAGAUAGCUCAGAAUGAUUUGGCUACAGAGAGGGCGAAACUUGAGUUAGCAUUUCAUCAGAUUAACAAGCUGCAGUUUCAGAUUGAUCAGCAAGCAGUAGUGAUUCAAGAUAGAAACAAAGAACUGGAAGUUGUUUCAGCUCGCUCUUUGGAGGAAACAGAAGGCUAUGAGAUGGAGAUAACCGAGUUGAAACAGAAGCUUGAGUUAGCUAGAAAGAAUAUGAAGAUAACUGAACAUGAGAAAAUGGAGUCAGAGCUGAAAUUAUCUACAACACAAGCAGAGCAAAAAAGACUUCAGAAUCAGAUUGUAUCGACCUGUCUGAGUCUUGCUAAUUGGAGUCAAGGUUUCGACAAUCUCGAGUGCUUGGUGGCAGAAAAGAUGAAAAAGACAAACUCUAGGUUGAGAAGCAUGCAGAGCCAAUUAAAUGAUCUUUCGGAUGAAGUCGAUGAACUCAAGGUGAGAGAAUCCAUGUACAAGCAGCAAAUGGAGAAGAAGACUUGUGACCUCCAAAAGGCUGAGACUGAGGUUGACCUCCUUGGCGAUGAAAUCGAUUCUCUCUUGGACCUUUUUGAGAAGAUUUAUAUAGCUCUUGAUCACUACUCGCCAAUUCUAAAGCAUUACCCUGGCGUUAUUGAGAUCUUGAAGCUUGUCCGGAGAGAAUUAAGAAGAGACUCCAAGAGAUGAUCAGUCUUCUAACCAAGUAUUCAUAUGAAUCAACAAGCCAUCUCUUUCACACAAUUUUCAUUGCAUUCCUGUUGUCCAAAUCCAC